GUUGGAAAUUUAUGGAUAAGACCAUCUCUGAGCGAAUCAAGUUUGUUCAAGGGAUGAAGUUGUGCUUUGGCUGUCUGAAGCCUGGCCAUCGCUCAAAGGAGUGUGAAAAUAGGAAGAUCUGCGACACUUGUGAGAAAGGACAUCCAACCUGCCUACACGAUAAUCGCAGCAAAGAAAGAGGAAUGUCAACAAGGAUUGGAAGGGAAAUGGAGCGUGACAAGUCAAGAGAAGAAACAACAGAUCGUUCACAAGAAAAGAUGACAAGAACACCAUGCGAGAUAACAUCUAACAGAGUUAUCCAGAAUGUUAAAAGCACCCAUACAUCCUCAGUCAUUCCUGUGUGGUUGUCAACUACAAGUAAGCCAAAUCAUGAAGUUCUUGUGUACGCACUCAUCGAUACACAGAGUGACACGACCUUCAUCCUUGAAGAGACAGCAAAGGUGCUUCACACUAAAGAUGAACCAGUCCAGUUAAAGCUCUCCACGAUGACUUCAAGAAAUACAGUGGUGCCUAGCAGAAAGCUGACUGGUCUACAAAUAAGAGGAUUCUACUCGGAUAAGAUAAUCUCUCUGCCAGUAACUUACUCAAGAGAAUUCAUCCCUGCAAACAGAGAUCAUAUUCCCACACCAGAGACUGCCAAGUCAUGGUCUCACCUUGAGCACAUUGCAGAUGAAAUUGCUCCUCUACAGAGCUGUGAUGUCGGCCUGCUAAUUGGCUACAACUGUCCUCAGGCUCUUGUACCAAGACAAGUGGUUGCUGGAGAAGAAAGUGAGCCCUUUGCUCAGAGAACAGACCUGGGUUGGAGUAUAGUUGGUUAUGGCAACCCAUGUCUUGACUUUGGAGAUGCUUUUGGAACAAGUCACCAGGUCAUUGUGCAGCAAGUGAUAUCAGUUCUUCCAAAUCUCCCAAGCGAAGUGCACUAUGUCUGUAGAACACAGAUCAAGGAAGUAAUCCUUCCAACAGAUGUCAUCAAGGUGUUGGAAUCUGAUUUUGCAGAAAGGGCUUCGGAAGAUGAACACCUUUCUCAAGAGGAUCUUCAGUUCAUGUCAAUUAUGGAAAGUGGCAUCAGACUCAAGGAUGACGGGCACUAUGAAAUGCCACUUCCCUUCAAGAAAGGAAGACCAAACUUACCAGAUAACAAGAUAUGUGGCAUCCACCGUCUCAGAUGUCUGGAGAAAAAGUUAAAGGGAAAUGAGCAGUACUACAAAGACUAUAAGGCCUUCAUGGAUGAGACAAUAGCUCAUGGAUAUGCCGAGCUUGUCCCUGAAGAGGAUAUCAGUAAGACUCCAGCGUGGUACAUUCCCCACCAUGGGGUGUAUCAUCCUCAAAAGCCUGGUAAGAUCCGUGUCGUUUUUGACUGCUCCGUAAGGUUUCAAGGGACAUCCCUAAAUGACCAUCUCCUGACUGGCCCAGAGUUAACGAACACCUUGGUGGGAGUUUUGUGUCGGUUCAGAAAGGGUUGUGUGGCAGUUAUGUGUGACAUAGAACAAAUGUUCCAUCAGUUCCAUGUUAAGAAAGAAGACCAAGAUUAUCUCAGAUUCUUGUGGUGGAAGGAUGGAGAUCUUAAAGCCCAGCCCUCCAUCUAUCGAAUGAAGGUCCACUUGUUCAGUGCAGCUUCAUCACCUGGAUGUGCUAACUAUGGCCUGAAGCAUCUUGCCGCUCAAGGACAAGAACGCUUUAGAGAAGAAACCAUCAGGUUCAUCCAGAGGAACUUUUACGUCGAUGAUGGAUUGACAAGCGUAGAAUCUGAAGACCAAGCAAUCCAACUAGUGAAGGAAACAAGAGAGCUUUGUUGCACAGGCAAACUUCGAUUACACAAGUUCAUCUCCAACAGCAGAGAAGUCUUAGCCACAAUUCCUGAGGAAGAGUGUGCUAAAGCUGUCAAGGAUUUGACCAUGAUAUUGGGAGAACCACUAAUGGAAAGAGCACUGGGGGUACAGUGGUGUGUGACUUCUGAUGAGCUGCAAUUCAGAGUGGUUGUUAAAGAAUAUCCACUUACACGCAGAGGGGUCCUGUCCACAGUUGCCUCUGUGUAUGACCCACUUGGAUUUGUGGCACCCUUAAUCCUGGUAGGAAAGCAAAUCCUGCAGCAGAUGUGUCGUGAUAAGCUCAGUUGGGAUGAUCCUUUGUCUGAUGACCUUCGACCCCUGUGGGAGUCUUGGGUGCAAGAUCUAAAAAACUUGGCUGAGGUGAGAGUCCAAAGAUGCUACCUGCCAUCAGGCUUUAAGGUCCAGCACUAUGAGCUCCACCACUUCUCUGACGCCAGCGUGUCAGGCUAUGGAGAGAGCUCAUAUUUAAGAGCAGUCAGUACAUCAGGUGAGGUCCAAUGCUCCUUAGUCAUGGGAAAGUCAAGAGUUGCCCCUACUAAAGUCAUGACUAUACCAAGACUCGAGCUGUCAGCAGCAGUGGUAGCAGUCCGGACCAUUGACAUGCUCUAGAAAGAACUAGAAAUAGACUGCCAACAAGAAUGUUUCUGGACUGAUUCAAAGGUUGUACUUGGGUACAUCAGUAAUGAAGCCAGAAGAUUUCAUGUUUUUGUAGCAAAUAGAGUUGAGCGCAUCAAACUAAGUACAGAGGCUGGACAAUGGAGAUAUGUAGCUUCAGAAGACAACCCAGCUGACCACGCCUCAAGGGGUGCCACGGCAAAACAACUCAAAGAUUCUAACUGGUUCACAGGUCCAGACUUUCUUUGGCAGAAAGAGUUACCAACUGGAGUUGUCAUGGUGGGAGAGAUCGAGAGCAGCGACCCAGAGGUCAAGAAAGCUCAGGUUCAUGACACUCAGGCAAAAGAAGCAAGAAUACUUCUAGAGCGUCUACACAAAUUCUCAGAAUGGGCAAGAUUGGUGAAAGCUGUUGCCAGACUCAAGCGCCGUGCUAAGGAAAUCAAAGAUCUCAAGCCAAAGUCCUGUGAGGCCUCAAGCUUGGAGGAAAGGAAAGAGGCGGAGCUGACCAUAAUCAAGAUGGUGCAGGAAGCAACUCUCUUUCAAGAAAUUCAACGCCUUAAACAUCAUAAAGAGACAAACCUCAAAGACAAAGCCAACCAGCUGCACAAACUAUGUCCGUUCCUAGAUGAUCAAGGUGUAAUUAGAGUAGGAGGCCGCUUAGCUCAUGCUGCCCUACAUCCACAUGUGAGGCAUCCAGCAAUCCUUCCUAGAGACAAUCAUGUUUCUGCAUUGCUCAUCAAGCAUUAUCAUGAAAGAGUAUACCAUCAAGGUCGAGGAAUGACUAUUAAUGAGCUCCGAGCCAAUGGCAUAUGGAUCCUGGGUUGCAGCAAGCUUGUUUCAUCCCAUAUUCACAAGUGCACAAGUUGCAGAAAGUUCCGAAGGUGCACAGAGCAACAAAGGAUGGCAUACCUUCCAGAAGAGCGGAUGGAAACAACUGCUCCAUUCACUUACUGUGGAAUGGACUGCUUCGGACCGUUUCAUAUUAAGGAAGGAAGAAAGGAGCUAAAGCGUUAUGGGCUGUUACUCACCUGCAUGUGUUCUAGAGGAGUUCACAUUGAAGCACUUGAUGACUUGACCUCAGAUGCCUUUAUUAAAGCUCUGCGUUCAUUCAUCGCCAUUCGUGGAUCAGUAAGGCAGAUAAGGUGUGAUCAAGGGACAAACUUUGUUGGAGCAAGGCGUGAGUUCAUUGAAGCAUUUAAACAGAUGGAUCAAGAGGAGCUCAAAGAUUUGGGGUGCGAGUUCGUCAUGAACAGCCCGGCCUCAAGUCAUAUGGGUGGGGUCUGGGAAAGACAGAUCCGCACUAUCAGAAGUGUCCUGGCGUCUAUUCUACAACAGUCGUCCAGACAACUUGACUCCUCUUCCCUACGAACAUUUCUAUAUGAGGCCAUGGCGGUUGUGAAUAGCAGACCUCUAACCACUGAUCAUUUGAAUGAUUCUACUAGUCCAGAGCCCUUGACACCAAACCACAUCUUGACCAUGAAAUCUACAAUCAUUCUCCCUCCUCCUGGAAAGUUUGUCAAGGAGGAUCUCUACCUCCGCAAAAGAUGGCGCAGAGUUCAACUUUUAACCAACAACUUUUGGGUACGAUGGAGAAAGGAGUACCUCUUAAAUCUCCAACACAGACAGAAGAGGACCAAAAAUCGCAGAAAUGCAAAGGUCGGAGACAUUAUUUUGUUGCAAGAUGCGGCUACUCCACGAAACCAAUGGAAGCUAGCAAGAGUCAUCAGAGUAUCCUGGAAGCGAUGAAAGAGUGAGGAGACUCAAGUUACUCAUCAGUGACUCCUCCCUGGAUGGAAGAGGAAAGCGUACAUCCAAACCUGUUUACCUGGAGAGACCCAUUCAGAAAACAGUUACAUUGGUAGAAGCAGACUGAUGGUUCUAUCAUACACUCAAACACAGUUUAUUAGUUGUUUAUUAGGAUUGAGUUCAUUUACUUUAUUCAUGCAAUAUGUUUGUCUCCAAGUUUAAGAAAUCACUUGUGAUUUAGUGGGAGUGUAACUGCCUGAUGCCAGUUUAUUUCUGUAUUAGCACUUUUACUAUUCUGUUGUUUCUGUAUUUGAAUGUUAACAGCAAGACGGAACUAAUUAUUGGUUCCGCCCGGAGGUUUCCGGCCGGGCGAUUUUGAGCGACGCACUGAGAAAAACUUUACGGCGAAAGAGACUGAUUAUUCCGCUGUUGUAGUGUUUAAGUGGAUAAAUUUACAAGAAAAUAGACAGAAGAUGAUACGGGAGAUCUGAAAGGAUGUUUAGCACCUCUUUGUGAUAAGCAGCAAUGAGUUCUCACGGGUUGACCAACAUUAAAGCCCUGUAUUUUAACCAAGACCUCUUGCCUCAUGCCUGUCACUGGGGGAGCUACAGGGAUAUUGGUUUAUUUAGACUCCGAGGGACGUGUCAGCCACGUAAAAAAAGUUAAAAGCUUAAGUCAUUUGUGGAUUAAUGCUUAUUGGAGAUGUGAACAUUUUCAAACGAUUCAGUUCGAUUUGGUGAACUGGUUUAACUUGUUCACUAAGAAGAACCGGGUAAAUCGAAUGAUUCGUUUGCGAACCGGAUAUCACUACACUGCAGUGAACGCGCUCACAACAGACCCGGAACAGAAGACAAUACUGAAUAAAGUCGUAGUUUUUGUUAUUUUUGGACCAAAAUGUAUUUUCGAUGCUUCAAGAAAUUCUAACUGACCCUCUGAUGUCACAUGGACUACUUUGAUUAUGUUUUUUAUUACCUUUCUGGACAUGGACAGUAUACUCUACAUACACUUUCAAUGGAGGGAAAGAAAGCUCUCGGACUAAAUCUAAAAUAUCUUAAACUGUGUCCCGAAGAUAAACGGAGGUCUUAGGGGUUUUGAAUGACAUGAGGGUGAGUCAUUAAUGACAUAAUUUUCAUUUUUGGGUGAACUAUCCCUUAAAAGGCAGUAAAUUCGCCAUUCAUUAAACAGAUCAUGCAGCUGCUCUGGAAAAGCUGCGCAGAAUGAGCCAGCCAGCUGCUCUCAAAUCUCUCACUGUACUUUGAUUGCAUAGUUACAAUGACGUGGAAUCGGCGACGUCUAAAGUCAGACCAAAUCCCAAAGCGUUCCAUUCCGCUUUUAGACACACUUACAAACUUCCGUCUCCCAGCUCCAUAUACCACAAUGCAACACGAUUGUGAUAUCACCACAUAUCUCAAUUAUUUAAUGCUCCUCCCAAAAAAAACUCAAUGAUAAAUGAAUAAUUGUAUAUAUUAUGGAAUAAAUUAGAUAAAUUACACAGAUUCAUGACAUUCGACUUGUGAACUUGGGGCAGAUCGAUUAACCCCAACUUUAGCAAGACAUGCCAUUUGAUGUCACUGCUCCCUAAAAGGAUAGUGUGGAGCUAUGUUAUGUCAAACAUAAAACAUUAGAUAUUAAGUGUAUAAAAUUCUAAGUGAAUUUUUGCUUUUUCAAAUGGCGGCUUUAAAAAAAAAUUAAUUAUUGAUAGAAAAAAGAAAAACCUUUAAAAAAAAUCCUCACGAUGUAUCAUGGUGUGUGAUAAAUAUGCUACCAUGAUGUGAUUGACUGGAACAAAUUGGGGUUGGAAGUGGAACAUUUCAGUCUGGAACAUGGCAUUAAUAAAUAAGUAAUAAUGUUAAUGUGAGGAUUACUUAGUAAGUAAUUCACCCACUUUGAUAGCCUACUUUCCUCUAUGUGAUGUGAAAAUCUAAUGAUUUGAAAACAUGAUCUGUAAGAGUUUUUACAAAAAUAAAUAAAAUAAAUUAAAAAAUAGUGACAUCAAAGGUAUAGCUUAUACACUUGUGUCUGUGUCAAUCACGUAAAUAUUAAUAUGCCUAAAACAUAGAAUUAUAAGACAUAGAAUAUUUUUACCUUUUAGAUGAUUCUAUUUUGUCUGUAAUUCGUUUUUCUAUAGUAACACAUUGGCUGAUGCAUCGUCGUCAUGCAUAUGCUUAACUUACAUGUAAAUAUUUUACAACUGAAAAAAAAUCUACAUUGAUCUUAAGGGGGCAUCUUCCUGCGGAAUCCGGCAGCGGAUGGUAAAUAUACGUUUGCGAUUUUAAAUAUUCACCACUAGAUGUCAUCAAACGACAAACCAUAAUAUAACUUCGUCUAACCUACACUAUCAUCCAAGAACAUUUCCGAGAAUGAGUAAUCCUGUAAUUGUUGGGAUAGGAGACUGAACUUUUAAACACAUCCACAUGCAAGUAUUCAAACAUGACUGUUCAAAUUUUAUUUAAAAAAUCUACAUUCUGAAAAGUAGGCCUAUACAAUAUGUUUAAUAAUUCAAGAAAAAAAAGCUUUAAUUGAUUUUACUCUUUGCUAAAUGGAUUAAUGACUGAUCGUGAAAAAAAUACUGCUCUCUGUCACAUACACGCAGUAAAAUUAAUUUUCAAUGUUGAAACAAAGAUUAGUGGAGUAGCCUACAUUUACAAUAAUAUAUGAUACUACAGUGUGUUACAGCGUGUUUCUUUGUAAUUGUGUGUGAAUUUAGGCUAAAUGAGUGAAAAUCUGAUAAUGGUUUUAUAAUUUUAAGCAAUGCUUAUCGCGGAUCCUCAAGUAUGCGCAUUAUAUGCGCAUGUGAUAAGUUGCUUUAUAAGAAACCAGCUUUCUCUUUCUUUCUUUCU